CUAACUUAGGGUCGAAACCUGAAGGUUCCACAGGCUAGGCCCGAUUGCCCGAACUCGCGAAUCUCGAGGCUUCGCGAUUCAGGGCGACUUCGAAGCGGCGCUUCGCGCAACUACUCGCGAAUCAUCGCGCAUCCCAGCUGUCGCUAGAGCCUCGCGCGCCUGGGUUCGUCGUCGUGCCUCGCAGUGACCGUAGGGGCUCGCGGGCGCGUUGCCUUCGCUUCUUCCGCCACCCGCACUCGCCGACCCGCCGUCCGCUCUCACCGCACGCACCUCCUCGCCUCCCCCUCCCCGAAAAGCCCUCCCGGCCGCCCGCCGCCCCGACCUGGCGUCCGCGGCUGCUGCCGCUCGCUUCGUCGCGGGUUACGGCGCGCGAACAACGCGCGACAGCUGCUGCUGCCGACGCUCAUGCUCCAUUCGCCUGCUGCGCCUGUCGCCUUCUUCCCCCGCCAGGCGUCGCACAAGGGUGGCGAUGGCGUCGCAGCGACGUCGCGCGGGCGAUGGGAGGAGCGAGAGUGGCGAUGAGGGGCAGGGAGAGGGCGAGCGUGUGAGUGGGGUUGGGGGUGAAAGUUGGGGUGCGGGCAUGGGGAGAGCGCAAGGGGAAAUUGGGGCGAGAGGGGGAGACGCGCGGGAGAGGGCGACGAGAGACGUCACGGGGGAGGGGCGAGGUGUGCGGGAGGAGGGGAGUGUGCGAGGCGGCAGGCAAGCGGCGUGGGGAGCGGCGGGAUUAGAAACGGUGGCAGCGCGCGAGUGCUUGGUGCUGGCGUGCGUGACGGCGUGGGUGGCCGCGCGGGCGGUGCUGAGGGGCGCGCUGCCUCCCGCUACAGUAGCGAGCAUGGUGGGCGUGUGGGCGGCAGGCAUUGGCACGGAGUGGAGCGGCAUGGGAAGAAGCUUCCGAGUGAUGCGACCCAGGCUAGGCGCGUCGUCCCCGGGGCUGCCAGGGCUGCACCUCGCACUUAUCACGCCCUCUGCUGCCAUCGCUGCUGUCUGCUGCCUGCACCGCGCUGCACCGCUCUCAACCCCCCCCUCGCCCUCUCCCUGGCUGCUGCUGCUGCUGCACGCAUCCCUGGCGUCUGCACUGGCUGCUGUGGCCGGCACUGUAGCAUCUGCUGGCAGCACUGUAGCAGACACUGUAGCAUCUGAGCACUUUACACAGAGAGGGGAAGAAGUGGAGGAGGAUAGAGGAGGGGAGAAGGGGGAGGGGAGAGGGGAUGGAGGGGGCAGGAGGGGGGGCGUGGGAGGCGAGGAGGGCAGCACGGAGGGGCGCAUGGGAGCAGCGGUGGCGGCGUUUGAGAGGCGCUUUUUUGGGGGAUGGAUGGCGGCGGGCGCUGCUGCUGUGGCGCUGCUCUCUCACUGCUAUGCUGGCGUGGACUGGCAGAUAGGCGCAGCUAGCCUCAUCGCCCUCCACCUGCUGCUCUCCGCCUGCCUCCUGCGCACCCUGCUGUUGAAGUUUCCUCGCAGCUUCACUCCUGGCGAGGCCUUGCUGCUGGCUCAAGGCACAUCGCUGUAUGCCGCUCAUGCCAUCGCUCUCACCCUCUCGCAGGUGCUGCCACCCCAUCUGUUGCCGCCCGGCCUUCUCCCGCCCUCGCCAUCGUCAGCACUCACUGCCCACCUCUUUCUCUCACAUGCUGACGCCACUGUUCAGGCACUCGUGCUGGCGAUGCUGCUGCUUGCGUUGCUCUCGUCCGCCCUCACCUCCUCUGCUGCGAGGACCACACAGCACAGCCACCACGCGCUCCCCUGGCGGCGUGCAGCAGCGUUCUACGGCGGGCUGCUGCUGCUGCUGGGGCUGCUGGCGUCUCUCUGGCUGCAACUCGUGGUGCACCUCCCAGCCCACCCCCUCCUCUGGUGCGUCCAUCAGGUCACGGCCCACCCCACCACCCACGUGCCUCUCUGCCUCUACUGGCUGCUGCUCCUCCUCCUCCCCCUGCCCUUCCUCUCCCGCCUCGCCUCCUCCUCCACACACACACCACCGCCCCCCUCCCCUCCACCGCCUCCCUCCCCAGUCGCACUCCCUCCCCCCGCCGCACCGUCCACCCCCUCUCCACCGCCCUCUCCCCUGCCCUCUGCCCCCUCUGUGCCGCACGUGGUGCUGCGCAAGGCCUUCCACCUGCUCGCCCUCGCGCUCUUCCUGCCGCCCCUGCUGCUCCUGCCCGCCUUCCUCCGCCUGGCCCUGGGGGUGGCGCUCUUCCUCUUCCUGCUGCUGGAGACCGUGAGACAUCAGCGCAUUCCUCCCCUGCACAGCUCCAUAGAGGCCUUCAUGCGUCCCUUCACGGACGCCCGUGAUGCUGGCACGCUCAUUCUCAGCCACUUCUCUCUGCUGCUCGCCUGCAUGCUGCCGCUCUGCCUCACCCCGCCCGCCCUCCUCUCCUCUUCGCACUCUCCAGUCCAAGCCUGCCACGUGGCACCGUUUGCUGGGCUGCUCAGUGUUGGCAUCGGCGAUACCAUCGCGUCGGUGGUGGGAGUGCAAUGGGGGCAGCAUCCGGUGGCGGUGGACUCGCCCAAGUCGUGGGAGGGCACGGCCGCUGCUGCCGCCGCCAUGCUGGCCGCCUCGCUGCUACUCACCGCCCUGCUGCCGCCGCCCCUGGCAGCGGGGCAUGCUGCUGCUGCGGCUCAGCCAUCCAUGUUUGCUUAUCUACUGCAGGCGCCAGUGACUGCAUGCGGGGUGGCGUGCCUCUUCUCUGCGCUGCUGGAGGCCUUCACCCAGCAGCUCGACAACGCCUUCAUCCCCCUCCUGCACUUCUCCCUCUGCUGCCUCUAGGCCCCUGCAGUCGUGUGCUACACGACUGCAUCCAUGUGCUACACGACUGCAUUCAUGUGCUACACGACUGCAUUCAUGUGCUACACGACUGCAUUCAUGUGCUACACGACUGCAUUCAUGUGCUACUCGGCUACAUUCAUGUGCUACACGACUGCAUUCAUGUGCUACACCAUAGAACAUUGGUUAUUGUGUCA